AUGAAGUGCUGCCGCGUAUUCGUCUUCGUGCUGCUCAUGCUCUUCACAGCUUGUGCGACGUGCUCUAUUUUGUUCCCGGUGUUCCGUAAGGUGGUUGCCGGCACCGACACAACGAACACCGUGUAUUUCUGGUACCGCCAGUCAUCCACGCCGGCCAAGGAGACGCCGGACGUGGAGAUUGUUCGGACGUACUCGUAUCACCUGCAGUGCCUCCAGGGGCAGGUCUACUACACGGUGACGGCCGCGCUGUCUGUGGCCGCGACCGCCUUUAUCGCGUCUUCUGCCUUGCUUACCGCGUGCUGGAUCAACGCACGCUACAAUGACAGCCUCGCCGUCACGAGCACCUUCACGUCGUUCAUAUCGCUGGCUUGCUGUGGCGCAACCUUGGGCUUGAUUGUGUGCACCUACAUGACGACGCUCUGCCCUGGCGAGAAGACGCAGAUGCUGGCGGCUAAGGAGGACGGGUAUCAGCUGGCGGAAGGCUUCUACCUGCUGUGUGUCGCAACCGGUGGCACGCUCCUCUGUUUUGUCGUUGGCUUUGCGCUCUGCUGCUCCACCCUGUGCUGCAGUGAGGAGGGCAAGGACGACGACUACGAGUGA